ACAAGCGAAUAGUUUUCGAAAACAUACAACUGAAAGUUGCGUACUGCUUAAAUUUAAUUAAAUAUGUCAAACGUGUGCCAUAUGUCAAACGUGUGUGUCAAACGCAUUAUGAUACAUACGUUAAAUAACACUAUAUUAUUAAUUAACCAUUAUAAAAAUCGUGAAAUAUGAGCGACUUUGAAGGAGGAACAAGACAAUUAUUGACCAUUCCGCCGGAUUUCGUGCCCUACAUAGAAAAACACAGAUUAUAUGAAUUCUUUUAUGAAUUGGUGACGCAAUUACUGAUCCAGCAGCCAGAAGACCCAAUAAUAUUUACAAAACAAUGCGUCCAACAUAUUGUACGAAAGCGAGAUAUUCCCAGAGUUAUCCUUAUAGCUCCUCCGAGCUUCGAUAAAAUAACUCUCGCGAAAAUUCUACAGGAAGAAACUGGUAUUUGUCCUGUCACUCUAGAGGACCUUUAUACUUUAUUUUCUACUGAAAACACAUGUCGUUGCUAUGAUGCUAAUGAGAUCGCGAUAAGGUUAAAGAGAAUGUUAAUGUCGGGAAUACUUCAUGAAUCUGGAUGGGCAUUAGUCGAUAUACCGAGGAGUAAAAAGGAAGCACGUGCAAUGCAACGUGUCGGCAUAAUACCAACACACGUGAUACAGAUUGUACCACCGUGUGCAGAAGACGAGAUUCAAGAAAAAAAAGAUGCAAGACAAUACGAUUAUAAGAAGACUCUUCAAGGUCUACGUGAAGCUUAUGCUAAUUUUUUAAUUGAAGUUGAAGCUGGCACUAAGACAAUUCACGGACUGGGCAAAGAUUGCGCGACAUUAAUAAAAGUUAGAAGAAAACAUUAUGGAGCUCCAUCGCUUUUUCGUAUCGCUCUCAUAGGUCCUCAAGGAUCAGGUCGUCGUUCUUUGGCAAAACAUAUAUCUGAGAGAUUUAAUCUUGUUUAUGUUGACUUUGAUAAUAUUUUGGAACAAGCAUGCUUGCGAGAGACGGCUUUAGGCGAAAUGCUGCGAUUAUGCGAGCACAAAUGUAAAGAGAAAGUAAAGUUAGAAGCGCGAGUACAAAUAAUCGAGCAAUAUGUACUCGAGGAUGACUGUCUCAAGAGAGGAUGGAUUUUGACAGGUUACCCUAAAACUGUGGAGGAGUUCAAACUCUUGGAUAUGAUAUCUACGCCACCCAAUAGAGUAAUUGUCCUAAAAAUGGACGUACAAAUGUGCGGAGAAAGUUUUUUGAAUCGUCAAUGCGACAUUAUUACUAAAAGCGAGCACGAUCUCACAUCGUGCGAGUCUCCGGCGACGGAUCCAGAUUGUAAAUUAGAUGUUUAUUCCAAUGAUUACAAAGACGUCAUCGAACAAGAUCUUCGGGAGUACGAAGAAAAUAUAGAUGCCAUAAUGCGAUACGCGGGGAAAACUGCGUCCGUAAUAGACGCGACGGGUGAGAAAAAGUGCGUGAGGGAAAGACUGGAGGCCUGUCUGAUGCGACCAGCACCGUCCGCGAAACCCAGGGUUCCCCAACCACCUCCUAUGAUCGAUCCAAUGAGCAUAGAAUUCGAUCCCGAUGACGAACCCGACCCGAGCAUUUUCGAUGACAUACGCGCACCAGAGCCUAAAUAUUCAUUUAUUUAACCCUCCAAAUCAUUCUUGUGUAAAAAAAAAUAAACGUAAAUAACGAAUAACAUUUCAGUUUGUAACGUGUAAAACACUCACAACAGUUCUUCAACCAUUAAGUAUAAUUUUUAUUA